GAGAGAGAGAGAGAGGAGCUUGAGAUUCGUCGAAUCUCCAGACGGUUCUGACGACGGCGGCGGCGACGGCGACUAUUGCAAGAGACGAAAGGAAUCUACAAUCCAGCCGUAUCGGAAUGGCGAUCACUAUUUCUGCGUUCUAGAUAGCGGCGCGGCUGUUGUUUUUUUGCUUCGAAACAGCGAUUUCGGGUGACUCUUCUAGUGACAACCUAGACAGUGGAUCAAUCUCCAAUGAAAUUUUGUAGUUUAUUUGGUGUAAAAGAGUUUCCUUGAAAGUUUGUAUGUCCUUGAUCUUAAAGACAAUUAAACUGCAGAGAAGUGGAUAAUGGAAUGCAAUAGAGAUGAGGCCACUAGGGCCAAAGAAAUUGCCGAAAAGAAGUUUGAAGCUAAGGAUUUAAAGGGUGCAAAAAAAUUCGCUUUGAAAGCAAAAUCAUUAUUCCCCGGGAUUGAAGGUAUUCAUCAAAUCUUGUCAACUCUAGACGUAUAUAUUGCUGCCGAAACCAAAAUAAACGGGGAAUCAGAUUGGUAUGCAAUACUUGGUGUUGAUCCAGCGGCAGUUGAGGUAACUAUUAGGAAGCACUAUAGAAAGUUAGCUCUUUUGCUUCAUCCUGAUAAGAAUAAGUGCAUUGGGGCUGAUGGUGCAUUUAAGCUGAUUUCAGAGUCCUGGAGGGUGCUUUCUGAUAAAGCUAAACGUUCAGCAUUUGAUCAGAAGAUGAAGUUUAAAAAAACAGCUCCACAAAAGGCUCCACCACCACCACCACCAUCAAAUGUGCCGAAACCAACACCUUCUCCUCAAUCAAAUGGAUUCCCUAACUUCACUAAAAGCAAAUGCCCUAAUACGAAUGUUCAUAAUAAGCCUUCUACUACUAAUAGAAAAGGAAGCUCCUCAAAUAUUCCUACUCCUCCCCCGUCCCAUAAGGAGAAUACAUCAAAUGUGCCGAAACCAACACCUUCUCCUCAAUCAAAUGGAUUCCCUAACUUCACUAAAAGCAAAUGCCCUAAUACGAAGGUUCAUAAUAAGCCUUCUACUAAUAAUAGCAAAGGAAGCUCCUCAAAUAUUCCUACUCCUACUCCUCCUACUGCUCCUACUGCUCCUACUGCUCCUACUGCUUCUACUGCUCCUCCUCCUCCUCCGUCUCAUAAGGAGAAUACAUCGUUUUGGACUGCCUGCCCUAACUGCCUGGUGCAAUACGAAUAUCUUAGAGUAUAUCUCCACCAUAAUCUUCUAUGCCCUAACUGCCAACAACCUUUUUACGCAAUGGAAUCCGAUACAGCCCCUUGUCCUUCUAAAGUGGCCAACCAGAAAAAACAUUUUGAGCAUCAGAAUCCCAAUAAUUUGAGAAAUCAAGUUCCAUUUUCUGGAGCAGGCGGUGGUGGUUCUUCAGGAUCUGCUCAGGCUGCAUCAAUGGUUCAGAAGGCUUAUGAACAAGUGAAGAGAAAGAGGGAAGAGGCACUAGCAGAAGCUAAAAAGAAGAAGACUCAUACUUCCAAGAAAACGGGUGGAGAUUCGAAAAGAAGAAAAGUAAAUGGGGAUCAUAAAGGAACAGAGGUUAAAAGAGGAAUUCCAGAGUUAUUCAAGGUUUAUAAAGCUCCUACUACAAAAGGUAAUCAAGAUAAUACUGACAACCACCGGACCAUGUUAUCCGAGAAAGCCAGGUUAACAAUUCACAGUAAAUUAAAGGACACAAACCCGAGCCAUGCUAGUAUUUCUGAAUCAAUCGAGAAAAAGGAUAUUAUUGAAAAAGAGCCUCAAAGAGGAGAGAUGACAACGGAUGUUUCCUAUCCACAUUUUUACGUUUUUGACAACGAUCGAACAGAGAGGUGUUUUGGGGAGAACGAGGUUUGGGCUGUAUAUGAUUCCUACGAUGGUAUGCCUCGCCAUUAUGCCAUGAUUACUAACGUGAUUUCAAUAAAUCCAUUCAAAGUGAAGCUCAAUUGGCUAAAAUCUAAAUUUUACAAUGAACAUGACGAUGUCGGUCACCUUGUGGCUUCCGGUUUAAAAAAGGCUUGCGGUGUAUAUGGACUAGAUAAGCUCGAAGAUUAUAGUUCCCUCAAUUCUUUCUCGCACAAAGUAAAGUGGACAAAAAAGGGUGACGAAGGAGAUAUAUAUAUAUUUCCUGAAAAAGGCGAUGUUUGGGCUCUUUAUAAAAAUUGGUCUCCUAACUGGGACAAGUUGACAUCGGAUGAGGAUAUUCACGCCUACGAUGUUGUAGAGGUGCUCGAAGACUACGAUGAAAAUAUCGGCGUUUCUGUACUUCCAUUGGUGAAAAUUGCUGGUUUUAAGACGUUGUUUCAUUAUCAUGUGGAUACUAAGGAAGCGAUCGCAAUAAGGAAAGAAGAUAUGUCGCGUUUCUCUCAUAGGGUUCCUUGUCAUUUGCUUAGAGGCCAAGAAGAAGAAACACCUCCUUAUCUUAAGGGCUGUUUGGAGCUCGACCCUGCUUCUACACCACUACAACUUCAGGUAAUUAUAGCUAAAAGUGAUUAAGGAAAGCAGUUAUAUUCAGGUUAUUUAUUAUAUGCUUUUUCUUUUUGCGGGUGUUUUAAAAGAUUUUGCCCUCAUGAUGAAAUUGCUGUUAUUUCGCAUAACCUACAACUUAGUCAAAGGCGGUAGGUACCUCUCUAACCGCUCUUUUUUGUGGGGACCUAGGUUGCGUGUUAAAAGACUUUUUGUUUUGGGAUUUUUGUGUCGAUAUAGAUAGGCUGCCUAUAUUGGUGAAGUUAUAAGUUUGUCUAUAACAUUUUCAGUUUAGUGGGUCAAAUGUAUCUUUUUUGUUGAAUUAAUUAUUAACCUAUCUAUUAUCAAUCUUAAGAUAUAUGUACAAUGUGAUUAUAGACUUCAAAUUUUAUCUUUAUAAGCUGAUUGCAUCCCAAUUAUAUAAGCAUUAUUGAAGUA